AUGAUAAGGGAAAAAAACUAUGAAGAUAACGUGGACAAGUUAAUUUCAUUCGAACAGACUGACUGGAUAAAUGAGGAAAACCAAAAUACCAGACUUAUUAAGAAACUAUCACAAUCUAACGGUUUAUUUAUCAGAGGAAUCACUAAAGAUAUUACCAGUGAUGUUAUUCAGCGUGAUAAACAACCCAAAAAGACUCAAAAGCAACGUGAAUUAAACAAUGACCACAACAAGCGUCAAAAGCGGUUUUCGGCAAGAAAUUCGAAACAGACAGAAUGGUUCCAGUGGCCUGGCCCAUGCAGUGAUGAUAAUCAUUGCCCACCAAAUUUAUACUGUGUUAAUGGUAGCUGCUGGCAUUUGUCAAAUAAACCGAUACGAAUACAAAGAAAACACGAUUCAUUAAUGAAUACGAAAGAACAGGACAGAUCACAUUUAGCGAUACAUCAUCAGUUGUUUCGUUUAAUGGGUACUGCAACAAGCGAAGUGUUAUCUAAAAUUGAGACUACGACCAGAAAUUUAUCAGUAUUUGGAAAUUUAGAUCUUUUUGAUUACACAACUAGCACUACAGUCACAACAGCAGCAAUAAUACCAACAACGAAAUUGAAAAUGACAAUUGGUAAUUAUCAAAAAGAGCAAAAACUAGUAGCAACAAAUAAUAGCAGAACAGGAACAGAUGGAGAUAAUUUAUCGAAAUCAUCAUUCAUUGAUUUACGGUUUUCAACUGAGUUUCCGGUUCAAACGGAAUAUAUUCGAAAGCGACAACUUGAUAAACCGAUUCGCAUUGAAUUAUAUCUUGCUAGAGCUGUGCUAAGAGAUGAAUGCUCUCAAGAUUCACAUUGUGGUCAUCGAAUGAUUUGCUGCCGAAAAACAUGGUAUGAUUUAAGUGAUGAUUCCGGAAUAGGGUAUUUCUGUUUGCCGGACUGUGAAUUCACCAAAAAGGUAAGUUUGGGAAUACAUGAAGCGAAUGGAUUGAUACCAAAUGAUCUAAUUUAUGAUUGA